AUGUAUGAAAGCGAAGUGCUGUGGCGAAGAUGGGCAAGCUACAAUCUAAUCUCCAUCGCUUCUGGCGAAGCUACCUAUCUGGAAUGCCCUAAUAGCGACAGAAGAGAUUUGACCCUUCUAGCAACGGAACUUAUGGAUGCUGGAUUCUGUUCGUGCGUAUGUGCUGAUGCUUGGUUCUUUUUUGCCCGGUCUAGCAAGCCGACUCGACUUUCCGGUCUGGAAGAGGAAAAGGGGCGGAGACAAUUGCUCAAAGACGACCUCUUGUAA